CAACAGCCGUUAACGCACAGUUAAAUCGGAGGGACUUUAAUCUCCAACAACUGUCAAUCAACAUUAAUGGGCUAUAUAAAGCCAUAUUGUCGUCAUACCGGUAGUCAGACAGUGCUGGGAUUGAAAAGGCUGAGCAUAGUCGGAGAAGUCAAAUCCAAAUUGUGUUGGUUGGCGCACGCACUGUUGGCAUUGGCUCUCAAUGUCAGCUAUUGUCACUGCAUGUUCGUACUGUGCCUAUUAUAACAAAGACUUAUGUGUCAACAUCUGAUAUUCAAACUGGAGUGAUGAUAAUUCUGUCGUAGAGGGGUAGUGUUAUGGAGAAGACUUAAAAUUCCAACAUCUGGCAUCCACGCACUUUGGGAAGGUGUGCAUUGCCUAUGUGGAUACUCCAAUUGUAUUCUCAGAAAAAGGCAUCUUUAUACCUCAAAGUCGUAAUGGAACUAAAUAACUUGGGACACGCUUUGCUUUUCCCGUUCCACAUCCUCUUCUGCAUAUUAAAAGCAUGCUUUGGGUUGUUGCUCCCGAGCAGACGGAAGGACCUACGUGGAGAGGUGGUGCUGAUCACCGGCGGUGGACGGGGCAUCGGUCGGCAUUUGGGGAAAGAGUUCGCAAAACAUGGGGCAAAAAAAGGUGAUCCUGUGGGGCCGCACUGAGAGGUGUCUGAAGGAGACCUGCGAGGAGAUCUCUCUCACCACCGGAGUCGAGUGCCACUACUUCCUGUGUGACGUGGCCAAUCGCGAGGAGGUGUACAAGCAGGCCAAGGUGGUCCGAGAGAAGGUAGGCGACGUCACCAUUCUGGUGAAUAACGCAGCAGUGGUUCAUGGGAAGAGUCUGAUGGACAGUGACGAUGAUGCCCUGAUGAAGACUCAACACAUCAACACACUGGGCCAGUUCUGGACCACCAAAGCGUUCCUACCCCGCAUUCUGGAACUUUGCCAUGGCCACGUGGUGUGCAUCAACUCCAUCCUGUCCCUGUCCUCCAUCCCGGGGGCCAUAGAUUAUUGCACCUCCAAGGCAUCGUCCCUGGCCUUCAUGGAGAGCCUCACCCUGGGCCUGCUGGACUGCCCCGGGGUGGGCUGCACCACCGUGCUCCCCUUCCACACCAACACAGACAUGUUUCAGGGCAUGAAAGUCAGGUUCCCUCAGCUCUUCCCACCGCUGAAUCCUGAGCUGGUGGCCCAGCGGACGGUGGACGCAGUMCGGACCAACACGCCGUUCGUCUACUUACCAUGGACCAUGCACGCUCUCGUUAUCCUCAAGAGCCUCCUGCCUCAGGCGGCCCUGGAGGAGAUCCAUCGCUUCUCAGGGUGCUACACCUGCAUGGACACCUUCAAGGGACGGACAUAGGAAUGGAGGCCAGGCACGAGUACUGCCCUGGUCGUUCUUGAAUUGCGGUGGCAUAUGCGUCGCUUGCCUUUGCAACCAUGAAAAACACAUUUAAAAUGACAUAGUUACACAUCAUAAAUGUUUUUGUAUAUAUUGAACUGUUUAUAAAUGGUAGAACAUAAUGCAAGUCCUUUAUCCUGCAGAACUGUAGGUUUAGGCAUUGUUUAAAGUACUUAGGGUAUGCAAAUUGGCGUGUCCCACUAGUGAUGUGUAGAAUUGUAGUGUUUUAGAGAUACUGUAUCUAUCAAUUAUUAUGAAUGCUAGAAAGUGAACGAAACUAUUUAAUAUAUUGUAUAGAUCAAUUAAAACAAAGGCUAUUUAAAUAACUAUUUUCUUUACUAGUAUAACGUGUCACUCAGUUUCAUGUCAUUGGUGUUACCGCCUUGAAAAUCACUCAUUACAAAGAUAAACAAGGAUUCCAGUGGCAAACUGUUAUCGGGGAAGGGUCUAUAUUAAAGAGAACUCUUAGCUAACCUUUUAGUAUGUCAUAAAUUGAAGGAUUGCAUUGAUAACUUGGUGUGUCUAAAUCCAGUGUCAGUUGGUGUUUAAAUAAAGGGAAAAAACAUUGUGAGCAAAAUAA